AUGGCGCUAAUUCGCGAACUCGACGGCGUGAAUGUCAAGGAAAAUUUUACAUGGCGUUUGAAUGACGGUGACAAGUUAGUAUCGGACAAGUAUCAAAUUGUUGAGAUGUUUAACUCAUACUUUAUCGAACUACCGAAAUCAAUUUUCACUGAAUUAAUUAAUAUAACUGGAGACUAUAUUUCCCCAGAGAAACGAGUUCACUCGCAGCUCGAAAUCCCCCACAUCACACCUGAGCAAGUGAAUGAUUUUCUGGAUCAAAUUCCUGUAAAUAAAGCUACCGGCCCAGAUGGUGUAGGUAUACGGCUUCUCAAGUUAGCUGCCCCUGUAAUUUCAGAAUCGCUCAGCAGAAUAAUUAAUUCCUGCAUAAUAACUGGAAAAUUUCCAACAAAGUGGAAAGAGGCGAGCGUUACACCUAUCUACAAGGGUAAAGGUUGUAAAAGUGAAGCCUCAAAUUACAGGCCCAUAUCAGUGUUGUCCGUCUUGUCUAAGGUGUUUGAAAAGCACAUUGCGUCAUCAUUGCGUGCUCACUUGAAGGAGAACGCCUUGUUGUAUGGAUUACAAUCCGGCUUCCGGAAGUCAUUUUCCACUGAAACUGCAUUAAUAAGGCUUUUGGAUCAGUUGCUUUUCAACCUUGAUGAAAACUGUGUUAGCGGUCUGGUCCUCGUUGAUUAUAAAAAAGCAUUUGAUUUAAUAGACCAUAACAUCUUGAUUAAAAAGCUUUUUUCAUAUGGAGUACAUGGCCAGUCUCUGGAAUUGUUCAAAAGUUAUCUUUCUGAUCGAUCCCAAUAUGUCAAUGUGGACGGUGUUAAGUCAUCCUCUAGGCCUGUCGAAUGUGGUGUGCCCCAAGGAUCUAUACUUGGGCCCAUUUUAUUCAUUAUAUUUAUUAACGAUCUUCCAGAUCAGAUUAAACAUUCUGUUGCUGAUAUUUAUGCUGAUGACACGACGCUUAGCUAUGCACAUGAUUACUCUUCUGCCCCUCAGUCAAUUACGGUUGAAUUACAGAAGGACAUUACAAAUCUUGCAGAUUGGUCAAGAGUUAAUCAUAUGGUUUUGAAUGAAGAGAAAACUAAAACUCUUCUGAUCGCCGGAAAGCGCCUGAAGAAGAAAAUGGACACACUUGAUAUUGAUCUUAUGCUGAAUGGGAAAAAACUCCAACAAGUCACCUCGUUUAAAUUGCUUGGAGUUACGCUCGAUGAUGAACUGAGCUUUGAUAUACAUGUUGACAAUAUAUGUAAGAAACUAUCUCAACGAAUCGCGGUACUCUGUAAAAUAAAGCGUUGCCUCCCAUUUAGAGAACGCUGUCUUUAUUAUAAUGCUAUGAUAAAGCCUAUCAUUUUCUAUGGUUCAGCUGUUUGGACAACAACCUCGAAAGAAAACCUAAACAGAGUUUUUAGGUUACAGAAAAGAGCAGCUCGGGUUAUUUUAGAUUUGGACAUGUCAGCGCGAACAGUUAACAUGUUUCAGCAACUAAACUGGAUACCAUACUACGACGAAGUGAAGAUUCUUAAAGCAACAACAGCCUAUAAACAUAUAAAGAAUGAUUCUCCGAACUAUUUAGAUGAUAUGCUGAAACUGAAUUCUAGUGUAAAUAGUAGAUCCACUAGAUAUUGCAAUUUAAAUUUCCUAUGCCCUAAAUAUAAGCGAGAAACCGAAGGUGGUCGUACAUUUGCCGUUUCGACCAUAAAACAAUGGAACCAGCUGCCUAAGACUGUGCGUGAUAAGGGGACGGUGGCUUCGUUUAAACACAGCAUGAAACAGCUUUUUAAAGAGAGCUAUGAAAACAUCGAUCAUUUUACUAUAUAAUCUUCGGAUUUUAGACGUAUGUAUAUAUAGUAUUUUAUAAAUUUAGUACUUAGGUUUAAUGUUAUUUGUAUAAUCCAUUGAGAGCCACAAAUUUAUCAGUGCAAACUGGCAUGUGUAACUCUCGUUAAAUAAAGUCUUCAUUCAUUCAUUCCUAGCUGGGGACCUCACUAACAGUGCAACUUGCUUUUCCACUUUUGCAGAUGUAGACAAGGAGUCACUGACAAAGAUUGGAACCUUCGGUCACAAUGCAUCUGACACUUGGAAGUCAUGGAAAUACUCGGAUAGGGUUAAAGUAGCCAAUGCCAUUGAAAAAUUCAAAAAGAAAAUAAAGCAUAAAAAUGUUUCAGCCAACACCAAAAGAUCAAAUAUAACAUAAUUUAUUGCCAAGCAGAAAAGCCGGCAAGAAUUUGUUCCUUUGGUGGCUGAAUUGGUUGACCGAGCACAUGUUGAACCGCUUCAUUUAAAAAAUAACGCCUGUGCAUUAGCCCAUCGCUAUUCUUUAAAUCAAGCGAUUGAAAUGUCUAAACCUCAUUUAUCAACUUCUUUUUCUCAGGUUCCACCAGAAACUCCAUUGUUCAAGUUCAUUGAUGUUUUAAGAUCCAAGUGUAAUUUGAAUAGGCUGGAGAAUUAUAAGAUGGUAUGA